AUGACGCAGUUGCAUGACGUUGCUUCUUCCCCAUUAGAGAUUCAUCAUGAAGUUGCAGUUGACGAAGCUGUUAUUCCUUUUUGGCAAGGAAUUCUGCAUUAUUCCUACAUUGAUUGGAGUUAUCAAAGCGAACAAGAAUCUUGCACUGGCGGUAGGUCUCAGAAUCGGGUUCAAUACAAGGGUUGCCUGUGGCGCGUUGGGGCCAUGAAACCAGUGUUUGGUGAAAAUUGGAAGAUUACGAGAUGGGGUGGAAAACACAAUUGUUUGAAUGAGCACAUUUCGCAGGGACAUAGACAACUCGAUGUAGACGUUAUUGCAGAUCUCAUCAUUGGAAUGAUAAAGGAAGAACCAUCUGUGUCAAUCUCUUUGGUGCAAGAAAGGAUAACCGCUAAAUAUGGCUUGAAAGUUUCCUACAGAAAGGCGUGGUAUGCGAAGCAGAAAGCGAUCGCAAUUAUGUACGGUGAUUGGGAGGAAUUGUACGCUUUUUUGCCAAGGUGGUGCGAAUACAUGCUGCGCUUUUCUCCAGGUUCGUUUUAUAAUAUCCAAACAAAUUAUCUUUAUGCAGAGCAGAGCUUAGUUACUGGAAAGAAGGUGUUUCAUCACAUAUUUUGGACGUUUAGACAGUGUUAUGAGGCGUUCAAAUUUGCCAAACCCAUCAUUCAAAUUGAUGGAACACAUUUAUAUGGGAAGUACAAAGGCAAAUUGUUGGUGGCCACAGCCCAAGAUGGUAAUGAUGAAUGUUUACCGAUUGCUUUUGCCAUCGUUGAAGGCGAGACCUUGGAUGCAUGGAACUAUUUUCUUGUUAAUAUUCGUGCUCAUGUUACUGACAUGUCAAACAUAUGUUUGAUCUCCGAUCGGCAUCAUAGCAUAAUAUCUGCUGUGGAGAAUAACCCUAAUUGGCAGCCAUCAAAUACAUAUCACGUCUUUUGUAUUCGUCAUAUUGCAAGCAACUUCAAUCAAAAGUUUCGGAAUGAAGGUUAUACUCCGGCCAUCGUUGAUUUUGAAAGGAAUCUUGCGAGCUUCCGUGAAAGUAGUCCUCAAAUUGCAGAGUGGAUUGAUGCCAUUCCUAAGGAAAAGUGGUCGCGAGCCUACAAUAUUGAAGGACGGAGAUUGGUUGCAUAUUUUGUUGAGAGAGGAACAAAUGCCGUUGCACAACUUCAAUCAGAUUAUCGUCACUCCAAAAAUGUUGUUGAAUUGGUCAAGAAGAACCAAGUAGAUGCAACUGGCCACCACGUUCGUGCAUACAAUGUUGAACAUACUGUCUUCGAGGUUGACGCAGGUUGGGAGCGUUCAUAUUCUGUCAACCUCCCACAGAGAUUCUGUCAGUGUGGAAAGUUUAAGGCCUUUAAGUAUCCGUGUAGUCACACCGUUGCUGCUGCAUUAAGUGUUAGGCAGAGUGCAUUCACGUACGUUGACGAUGUCUUCUUGACAACAAACUUGGUCGAGGCUUAUUCUUUUCCGUGA